AUGGAUACACGUCUAGUGAUCGCGUUAGCUGGUUUUGUGGUUGGUUUUAAUAAUCUAAAAAGGAGACGUGUAUGGGUUAAGAAAUAUAGACGAAAAUUUGGACAUUUACCCAUGUUAAAAAAAAUACGAGAAAACUAUCCAGAAGAUUUUAAAAAUUACCUACGGAUGGACCGCGAUAAUUUUGAUUACUUAUUGGAACUUAUCCGUCGCAGAAUUACUAAGCAAGAUACAGUUAUGAGAAAAUGCAUAACACCAGAAGAACGUCUUUCCGCAACAUUAAGAUAUCUGGCAACUGGACGUUCAUUUGAAGAUUUAAAAUUUUCUUCUGGCAUUUCUACAUCAGCUCUAAGCAAGAUAAUACCGGAAACGUGUAAAGCGAUUUACGAAACGUUGAGGAAAGAUUACAUGAGGUUUCCUACACGCAAAGAAGAAUGGCUGGAAAUUGCUAAAGGUUUCCAUGAUCAUUGGAAUUUUGUUAACUGUGGAGGCGCACUGGACGGAAAACAUAUAAGAAUUAUUCCUCCUGCCAAUUCUGGAGCAAAAUAUUACAAUUAUAAGAACUUUUAUAGUAUGGUUUUAAUGGCUCUGGUAGACUCAAACUAUGUGUUUAUUUUUGUUGACGUUGGUAAAAAUGGCAGGAUGUCCGAUGGGGGUGUUAUUGAAUACACAACCUUUUACAACAAAUUAUUAAGAGGACAAUUAAAUUUACCCGAGAGAAGCGAGAAUGUUCAUUAUUUAAAUUACGUUUUCAUUGGUGAUGAAGGUUUUGCUUUGAAUGAAAACCUUUUGACCCCCUACCCGCAAAGAGAACUUGAUCAUGAAAAACGAAUCUUCAAUUACAGACUCUCACGUGCUCUUAAUGUUGUUGAAAAUACUUUUGGCAUAAUUGCCUCUAGAUUUCAGAUACUACGUACACCUAUUAACAUGAAACCAGAAAAUAUAUGUUACAUAGUACUAGCAAUAUGUAGUAUUCAUAAUUUUUUAAGAAAGAGAAGUAAUUUUUAUAUGUCAGCAUCAACCGUGGACAGAGAAAAUAUUGAAUCGAGUACUGUUUUAGACGGAGAUUGGCGCCAAAACAGCUCUGAACUAACUCCAUUGGACAGAUAUUCGGCCAGAAAUGUGCCUUCCUUAGCUAAACAGAGUAGAGAUGAAUACAAAACAUAUUUCAAUACAAUAGGUAAGGUUUCUUGGCAAGAAACUAUGAUAAACGCUGGUAGAUCAUAG